CACUUGCAACUUUCGGAGGGAAGGAAAAAAAAGAGCGACCCAGAAACCCCAAAAAAAAAAAAAACACCAAGAGGGAAAAAUGUCGCAGGCUGCUGAAGAAGAUAAGAAACCCAGCGGAGAUCAAUCUGCCCACAUCAAUCUUAAAGUGAAAGGCCAGGAUGGAAAUGAAGUCUUUUUCAGGAUCAAAAGAAGUACUCAGCUUAAAAAGCUUAUGAAUGCUUAUUGUGACCGCCAGUCUGUGGAUCUUAAUUCAAUUGCAUUCCUGUUUGAUGGGCGUCGUCUUCGCGGAGAGCAGACUCCCGAAGAGCUGGAAAUGGAAGAUGGGGACGAGAUUGAUGCAAUGCUGCACCAAACUGGAGGCUAGAGCUUUUGAUAAUAAAAUGCAGUUUGUUUGAUGAAAAAACUUAAAUUUGUAGACUUGGAGUGUAAUUCGUGAAACUUUUGGAAAGCAUAGGAGUGAUCCUGUUUUAUUAAUUUUAAAGCUGGCUGUUCGGAUAUAAAUAUUGUGGACUUGUUAUUAUCCAGAUAAUGUUUGGAUUGUGGAUAUGGCAAAAUGGCAAUGGUAUCAUGCAUGCAGUGCUAAAUUUUCA